GCUGUUAUGCCGACCUACGAUUGUCAACCCUAAUCAAGCACUAAUAAAUUCGUAAGAGGGCGCACAACCCUGCUGCUCUCCGUCACUGCCGCUCUGCUCUCUCGCUCACUCUCUCCCUCUCUGCCUCUGAGAUUCCCCUCCCAACGCGUUCAGUUAUCUUGAAACUCUAAAAUGGGUAAGGAAAAGGUCCACAUCAACAUCGUGGUCAUCGGCCACGUCGACUCUGGUAAGUCGACCACCACUGGUCACUUGAUCUACAAGCUCGGAGGUAUUGACAAGCGUGUGAUUGAGAGGUUCGAGAAGGAGGCUGCUGAAAUGAACAAGAGGUCCUUCAAGUACGCCUGGGUGCUCGACAAGCUGAAGGCUGAGCGUGAGCGUGGUAUCACCAUCGAUAUUGCUCUCUGGAAGUUCGAGACAACCAAAUACUACUGCACUGUGAUCGAUGCCCCUGGACACCGUGACUUCAUCAAGAACAUGAUUACUGGAACUUCCCAGGCCGACUGUGCUGUGCUGAUCAUUGAUUCCACCACUGGUGGUUUUGAGGCUGGUAUCUCCAAGGAUGGGCAGACACGUGAGCAUGCUCUCCUUGCUUUCACCCUUGGUGUCAAGCAAAUGAUCUGCUGCUGUAACAAGAUGGAUGCCACCACCCCCAAGUAUUCCAAGGCUAGGUAUGAUGAAAUUGUCAAGGAAGUCUCCUCCUACCUGAAGAAGGUCGGAUACAACCCCGACAAGAUUCCAUUCGUCCCCAUCUCUGGGUUCGAGGGAGACAACAUGAUUGAGAGGUCCACCAACCUCGACUGGUACAAGGGCCCGACCCUCCUGGAGGCUCUUGACCAGAUCAAUGAGCCCAAGAGGCCCUCCGACAAGCCCCUCCGACUUCCCCUUCAGGAUGUCUACAAGAUUGGUGGUAUUGGAACUGUUCCUGUCGGUCGUGUUGAGACUGGUGUACUCAAGCCUGGUAUGGUUGUCACCUUUGGUCCCUCUGGACUGACCACUGAAGUCAAGUCCGUCGAGAUGCACCACGAGGCUCUGCAGGAGGCACUCCCUGGUGACAAUGUCGGGUUCAACGUGAAGAACGUUGCUGUUAAGGAUCUCAAGCGUGGAUUCGUUGCAUCAAAUUCCAAGGAUGAUCCUGCCAAGGAAGCUGCUAACUUCACCUCCCAGGUCAUCAUCAUGAACCACCCUGGUCAGAUUGGCAACGGCUACGCCCCGGUGCUCGACUGCCACACCUCUCACAUUGCAGUGAAGUUUGCUGAGAUCCUGACCAAGAUCGACAGGCGGUCGGGUAAGGAACUCGAGAAGGAACCCAAGUUCUUGAAGAACGGUGACGCGGGGAUGAUCAAGAUGAUUCCGACCAAGCCCAUGGUGGUCGAGACCUUCUCUGCGUACCCUCCCCUAGGCCGUUUCGCUGUCAGGGACAUGCGUCAGACCGUGGCUGUUGGUGUCAUCAAGAGUGUGGAGAAGAAAGACCCUAGUGGUGCCAAGGUGACCAAGUCUGCCGCCAAAAAGGGUGGCAAGUGAAUCGUGCAGGUCGAGGGCCGCUGCUACUACCACAAUGCAGCUUUGGCUGUUGGCAGCGCUGCCCGUUUCUAUUUCCCUGUCAGUAUCGGAGUCUUGUCCCUGCCAUCUAGCCGCUGGUUGCAGAACUGGGUUCUUGAUAGGAGGUGGCGUGCCUUUUUGAGUCAGUGUCUGAUGACUGCUUCGGUUGUCUGAGUGUGUCUUAAUUAUGGUCUUGUCAUUCUUGUGAGGUGAUGUUAGGAGAGCUGCUUUGAGCUCCUAUCACAUUGCUUAAUAGAGUCAAACUUAAUGUUUAAACACCACCAUUGGGAGCUGUCUAUUUGAGAUUUUCUUUUUCAAUGUCUAUGUUCCUAAGCUUAAUAGAUUAUCUUGGAUAUC